GGGUGGCUGUGCCGGGCUGCGCUUGCGCAGGGAGGGGGGCGUCUCCGGACGCCGGUUCGAGUCGCGGCGGUGCCGGCCUUUUGUGGCGGUCGCCGCGUCCCGCAGCCCGGCGAUGGAGGCGGCGCCGGAGCAGGGCGUCUGCGCCGCGGGAGCGGAGGCCGAGCCGUGCCCGGAGCCGCCCGCGCACCGGCUGAGCGCGGCGGAACUCGACCGCGAGCUGGACUCACGCAGCGAGCUGAUUGAUGACAAAGAAUUUGACAUUCCUCAAGUUGAUACCCCUCCAACACUGGAGAGCAUCUUAAAUGAGACUGAUGAUGAAGAGGAGUCUUUCAUUUUGGAGGAUCCCUUUCUCUUGAACAUUGAUAACACAGAUACACACUCCUAUGACACAUCUUCUGUAGCAAGCUCUGACAGCGGGGACCGGACACACCUGAAAAGGAAGAAAAAACUCCCAGAUUCUCUCUCACUCCAUGGAUCAGUUAUACGUCUCUCACUUCUGAAAGGAAUUUCUGCCCAAAUAGUGUCUGCAGCAGACAAAGUGGAUGCUGGCUUGCCCACAGCAAUUGCAGCAUCAAAUCUGAUAGCAGUGGGGACUUCCCAUGGGUUAGCACUGAUAUUUGAUCAAAACCAGGCACUUCGGCUGUGUCUGGGCAGCACUGCUGUUGGGGCCCAGUAUGGGGCUGUCUCUGCUCUCAGUAUCAACAAUGACUGUUCGAGACUCCUGUGUGGCUUUGCAAAAGGACAGAUCACAAUGUGGGAUCUGGCCAGUGGGAAGCUGCUACGAUCAAUAACAGAUGCCCACCCACCAGGAACAGCCAUUUUGCAUAUCAAGUUUACAGAUGACCCAACGCUUGCAAUUUGCAAUGACAGCGGAGGCUCCGUAUUUGAACUGUCAUUUAAGAGGGUUAUGGGAGUGAGAACGUGUGAAUCUCGAUGUCUCUUCAGUGGCUCAAAGGGGGAAGUUUGCUGUAUUGAACCAUUACAUGCAAAACUUGAGCUGAGAGACCAUCCUAUCACCCAAUAUUCACUGCUGGCCAUGGCCUCCCUAACAAAGAUACUGGUUAUUGGCCUGAAGCCAUCUCUGAAAGUGUGGAUGACCUUUCCCUAUGGUCGUAUGGACCCUUCUAGUGUCCCUCUUCUGGCGUGGCACUUUGUGGCUGUACAGAACUCUGUGAACCCCAUGCUUGCAUUUUGUCGAGGAGACGUCGUUCAUUUUCUUCUGGUGAAGAGAGAUGAUACUGGUGCAAUACAUGUCACUAAGCAGAGGCAGCUUCAUCUACACUAUGACCUCAUCAACUUUACUUGGAUAAACUCACGGACAGCAGUGCUUCUGGACAGUAUAGAGAAGCUGCAUGUUAUAGAUCGUCAGACACAGGAGGAGCUGGAGACCAUAGAGAUACCAGAAGUUCAGCUAGUCUACAACAGCAGCCACUUCAAAUCGCUGGCUACGGGAGGCAAUGUCAGCGAAGCCCUGGCAUUGGUUGGAGAGAAAGCUUGUUAUCAGUCCAUCAGCAGCUGUGGUGGCCAGGUCUUUUACCUUGGAACUAAGUCUGUUCAUGUCAUGACAUUGAGAAGCUGGAGAGAGAGAGUUGACCACCUUCUGAAACAAGAGCGUCUCACAGAUGCCCUGGCUCUAGCUUGGUCUUUUUAUGAAGGUAAAGCAAAGGCUGUAGUAGGCUUGUCUGGGGACACAAGCAAGCGGAAAGCAGUCAUUGCAGACAGAAUGGUUGAAAUCCUUCUCCAUUAUGCUGAUCGGACUUUGAAGAAAUGUCCUGACCAAGGAAAAAUUCAGGUUAUGGAGCAACAUUUUCAGGAUGUGGUGCCUGUCAUAGUUGAUUACUGUCUUUUACUCCAGCGCACGGAUCUAUUAUUUAACCAGAUAUAUGAUAAGAUGAGUGAGAAUUCUGUAGCUAAAGGCAUCUUUCUGGAGUGCUUGGAGCCACAUAUCUUAAGUGAUAAGCUGUUGGGGAUCACAGCUCAAGUGAUGAAAGACUUGCUGCUUCACUUCCAAGACAAGAAGAGGUUGGAAAAUUUGGAAGCCUGCAUUGUACACAUGGAUGUCACCAGCUUAGACAUACAGCAGGUAGUUCUUCUAUGCUGGGAAAAUCAUCUCUAUGAUGCCAUGAUCUAUGUCUACAACCGUGGGAUGAAUGACUUCAUUAGUCCCAUGGAGAAGCUGUUCAAAGUCAUUGCUCCUCCACUGAAUGCUGGAAAGUCUCUCACAGAUGAGCAGGUGAUAAUGGGCAACAAGCUGCUCGUAUAUAUAAGCUGCUGCUUGGCAGGCCGUGCAUAUCCAUUGGGUGAUAUUCCUGAGGAUCUGGUACCUUUAGUUAAAAAUCAGGUCUUUGAAUUUCUCAUCCGGUUGCAUUCAACUGAGGGAUCUGUGGAUGAAGAGGUCUACCCUUAUGUUCGUACCUUGCUACACUUCGACACUCGGGAAUUCCUUAAUGUUCUUGCUCUGACUUUUGAAGACUUUAAGAAUGACAAACAAGCUGUGGAAUAUCAACAGAGAAUUGUGGACAUACUUCUGAAGGUCAUGGUAGAGAAUUCUGACUUCACUCCAUCACAAGUUGGCUGUCUCUUUACCUUCCUUGCCCGUCAGCUUGCCAAGCCCAACAACACGUUGUUUGUGAACAGGACACUUUUUGACCAGGUCCUUGAAUUUCUGUGCAGUCCGGAUGAUGACUCCCGCCAUUCAGAAAGGCAACAGGUCCUUUUAGAAUUGCUCCAGGCAGGAGGGAUAGUACAGUUUGAAGAGAGCCGUCUUAUCCAAAUGGCAGAAAAAGCUGAAUUCUAUCAGAUUUGUGAGUUCAUGUAUGAACGAGAGCUUCGCUAUGACAAAAUAAUUGGCUGUUAUCUGCAUGAUCCAGUGAGAAAGGAAGAAGUUUUCAACUAUAUUCACAACAUCCUGUCCAUGCCUGGCUACAGUGCUGAAGAAAAGCAGUCGGUGUGGCAGAAAGCUUUGGAACAUAUAGAGGAGUUGCUGUUGCUGAGUCCAUGUAAAGCAGCUGACUUGGUAGCUAUUCACUUCAGUGAGCAGAUUGAGAGCAUCAUUACAAACCUUCAGGACCAGUUCUUACUCUUCCAGUUUCUGAGGAGUCUCCUUGAUCCGAGAGAAGGCAUUAACCAAGACCUGAUACACUUACCACCCGGCAUCACUGAGCAGUUCGUUGACCUGCUGUGUCAGUACAGUCCAGACCAGGUUUUGGAGACACUUAAAGUUCUGGAAUACUGCAGACUGGAAGAAACCAUCCAGAUAACCCAGAAACAUCAGCUCCAUGAAGCUUCUUCAUAUUUACUGGAGAAGAAGGGAGAUAUCCAUGGUGCUUUUUUGGUUAUGCUUGAGCGAUUGCAGAGCAAGUUGCUGAUGCUUACGCAAGAUGAUGAAAGCUCAGCUGAACUCCCCUUGCUAGAAAACAUUGAAGAUACCUUAAUGAAAACAAUUGCCCUUUGCCAGAGAAAUUCACACAAUUUAGACCAGCAACAGCGAGAGGCCCUCUGGUUUCCCCUGCUGGAGGCUAUGAUGUCCCCACAGAAAUUAUCUGGUUCUUCACAGCGUCGAUACUCCGAAUCUUUGAAGAGUUUGACAAUGCAAGUGCUGAACAACAUGGCUGCAUUUAUUGCUCUUCCUUCAAUCCUGCAGAGAAUUCUACAGGAUCCAGUUUAUGGAAAAGGGAAACUUGGAGAAAUUCAAGGACUUGUCCUGGGAAUGCUGGACACUUUUAACUAUGAACAAACCCUUUUAGAGACAACUACGAAUCUUUUAAACCAUGAUCUCCACUGGUCCCUGUGUAACCUAAGAGCUUCUGUCACUAGAGGGCUUACUCCAAAGCAGGAUUACUGCUGCAUUUGUCUACAGCAGUACAAAAGGCGGCAAGAAACUGCUGAUGAAAUCAUUGUUUUCAGCUGUGGCCACUUGUACCAUUCGCUGUGUCUGCUGAGUAAAGAGUGCGGGACGGUAACUAAAGGCUUGAUGAGGUGGAUGUGCUAUAAAUGCAACUCAAGUAACAAGGGAGGAAAACUGAGUCAGAACUUCUCAGAGCUAAAAAAAGGAAGUGGAGCAUCCUUGGCACAGCUGGUGUUUCUGCAAACAAUGAACAGGAAAUCCCAGAGGGAGGUUAUGCUAACACAGUUGUGCUUCCAGCCCUGCCUUCCCUAGACUCCGGAGAGCCAGCUCCGAAGCUUCUGGGACAUUUUGCAUAUAGAUCUGUGGGGAGGCUAUUUCUUUGCAACCACUUUGAAGACCCUGAAAGCUUAGUCCGUCUCUUGGCAAUAUCUAAUGUGUUGGGGGUUUUUUGUUUUGUUUUUCCCCAUAAUGCAAUCUUCAGUUUAGGUAUUUAUUUUCUUAGCAAGCCUUGAAUUAGGAAUAGAUUCAUACUGAGAAAUGCCACUGAGCAUCUGGAGUGCAUUUCAUAGUACCAAUUCUGCUCUGCUGAAACAAAGACUGUCAGUUUGAAUUUUGCAAUGUUGUUGAGAUUUAUAUGUGAAACGACAGCUCAACAGACAGUGUUUUCUCUGUCCCAGCUUUGCAUGCAUGACUUCUGUAGCAAUUGCCUUGAAAUUGGGGGAGGUGGAGAGAUGCCACAAGCCAGCACUGAACCGUUAUUGAAUCUGGUGAUAGCACUUAUUUAAAUGGAGCCUUGCUGUGAUGAAGGCUUGAGACAUUCUGCCCCAGCGAAGGAGAAUAGCGAGAAAAGUGCAAAGGGGCUUUUCCUCUGGUUUUGCUACCAAAAGUUUGUGCUUUCUGUGUUAUCCCCUAACCUCUGCUGUCUUCCCAAGGGUAAUCUUCUGGGUCUAAACGGGUCGUAUUUCCUGUCCUCCUUACCUUAUAUCAUACCAUAAAUGAGUGUUAAAAGAAAUGAAAGCUUGUGUGUUUGUGGUGGUUUUUUAAUCCAAUUUAAAACUUGCAGUGCUUUUUUGCGUUGUGGUGUUUGAAGUUAACUGAGGCAUAUUAGGUGAAAGUACAGUAGCUGGGCUUCUGCCUAAAUGCAUAAGUGAAAUACUCCUGAUAUCUUAGUCAUUGAUCUCCAAAACUAAUUUGCCUUGUUUCAGUGAGCUAGUUUGUGUUUUACAUUUAUUCUGCCAGCCUACAUACUAGGGAUCAGGAAGAGGAACACAGUCUUGGCUCUUGGGCUAUAAGCUCUGCAGAAAAUGCCAUGAACCCCUAAGCUGACAUGCUCUGGUUAUUCCCUGUUUGAGAAUGUGCCUGAGUUCUAAGGGCAUCAUUGUUAGAGCUGUCCAGAUGGCAAAUAUGUUUUAUUCAGGAGUUUAAUCCUGUCAAGUCACGCCAGGAUGGACAAUGAAUGUGAUCCAUAGUUAAUCCAGUUUGUCAGACUCUACCUUUGAGCUCUGUUCUGCAGCCUGCCACCAGCGUCUCUCUUUGCAACACAGCCUUCCAUCCAACCCGGAGCUUCUUGACUAACUUCCACCUGUGAGGUGUUGGUACCAUAGGGUAUUGCUGAACUGAGAUGUUAAAUGUCCCUCUGCAGCAUGUCUGUGUGCCUUCUACCGGGUAAGAAUGAAUGUUUAGGACUUUUUUUUUCACCAAUACUUAUUUUAGAGCUAGACAAAUGUCACAUGACCUCCAUCAAUCAGUAGACAGAGCCAAUUUUACUGUUGUCAGUGUAGUGGUGACUGUCAGUUAUUAGCUUGACUCCCAGCAACAUUAAAAUUUUCCAAGGGCUUUAUAACUUUGAAAAUAUCCAGGCGUGAUUCCCCCGCUUCCCCCCCAAAUGACACCAAGCAGUUACAAGGUUGUGCAUUCUCCACGGUAGAGAAUAUUCCCACAUACGUAUUAACUGAGAAAAUGCCUGGUCCUUUAGCUUUGGAGUUGGCUUUGGUGGUAGAUUCCUUAACUUCUUCAACAACGUGUAGGAAAUCCAUGUGAGGAAGGAACUAGAGACACUUUGUACCAUUGGCUUCUCAUCAGCAGAACAUCUGUGUUGUAAGAUUUCUUGUAAUGUAUUGGAAACAAAAGUGAUUCAGAAGAAAACUGAGUGCAGGAGUCUUAACUAGCAGGUAGAGGAGGAGUGGCACCAAAGCUAAAACUGAAAAUAAAAUACAGAUUUAAAAAGACUAAUUUCAAACCCAAAAUUAUCCUUUAGCAGCUUUUAAAUCAAAAUUGACUGUUUUCUUGGAGUUCUCAUACUGGGGGGUGGGUUAGUUUGUUUUGUUGGGGAUUUUUGAGAAUAUCAGACUGAAUUGUAAUUGUUUCCCCUGUCCUUCAUAUAUAGCAAUCUGUAGCCUGGCAGAAGUUUUCCUUUUACUGCCUACAAUCCAAAGUCUUGCACUCUAGGACCUGCGAGAGGCUAACAUGAAGUAAAGACAGCUGACUUUCAAACUGCCUAAAGCAAAGACCAGUUGGACUGGCUACCCUGUGCUCCCAGGAUCACUUGGGGAAGUGGUGUGUUCUGGUUAAGAGAAAAGAUGGCAAAAUUUCAGUGGGUAAUUUUUGCUUUACUUUACAUCUCAAUUUCGAAGAAACUAUUCCUAUGGUUUGAUGAAAAUUUCUUCCCUUUUAAUAAAACAUUUCAUAUGUAGGAGGAUCUGUAGAACAGACUCAUUUAAAUAUGGUGACAGAUGCUGGGCUGUUGCAACCUGUUGAUAUUCCACAAACUGCAUCAGUCACUGUUGCCAAUAGUUAUGUGUAGUUUAGCACAAUGCUUGACAGCCAUAUAUCCGUCCUCCAAGGAACCAGCACAGCCUGUUACGCACGUCUUCGCUGUGAAAUUGCAAGCUUUCAGUCUGUCUUUGCAGAUCUGCCUUGGAGCACAGACAAGAAAGAAAGCGUGUGACUUCCCAUCUGCUAGGAGAGGCUGCUUUUCCAGACCCAGGGCAGGCUGGAGAGUCAGUACACUGCACUGUCAGUAACCUCUGCCUGUGGUGUUGUGCUUGCUGCUGCUGCUGGAGGGGGGCAAUUGCUGCUCACCUCCAUGGUUUGUACUCAUUCCAAGCUGAGAAAUAACCAAAAGGCCAAAGGGUUAAGAAGGGUGCAGAUGACUCCUUUCUUCUGAUGUUCCUCUGAAGGAGGGGAGCAAAAUAGAUAGAAGCUGAGGUUUUGGUUGUUUGUAGUCCCCAGAUGGGAGGGUAUGGGAGGGAAUUACGGCUGGUUCAGUGGCGUUUGCUGUAGCCAAGGGCGUCACUGGCUGUUCUGGAGGGUGGUUCAGAAAUGCAGGUGGCAGAUGAGGAUCUGUCUCUUGCAAAUCCCUUAAAUGGAAAGCUGCAGUUUCCAUGUCCUGCCUUCCCCCCCAUUCCCUUUACCCUCAUGCUGCACAACAAAAACAGUAUGUUUUGUUGGUUUAUAUGUGCAUUGAGCAUAGACAGGCUUGGGCAGCUGCAGCUGAGCACCCAGGACCAGAGCUGUUCUUAAGCACAUUAUAAACUUCCCUCCUAAACAGCAGUAACAGAUUUCUGCAUGGGUGUCAGGAGCUACAAAGGGGACAGAUAGCAGAGGCAUCCGCUUGGGUUUUCUGUAAGGUUUGGGGUCACGUUAUCAAUAAGCCUCUAGCAGGAGGGUUCACUAAUCCUUCUUGCACCAAGUAGGACUUCUUCCUUUUUCUACAUGUCUUUACCUUCCUUUUCUCUCCCCAAACUCCUGCUAUUGAGAGAACACUGCACCUCUUGAGUGUUCUGUGGUUGGCUCUUGUGGGAUGCUGUUUAACAGCCUCUUAGCUCAUGCUUAGAAAAUGAAUCGCUUGCCUUCAUGCAUGACGCUUCUGUCCUCUUGGGUUCAGGCACUGAACUGAGAUGAGCCUGAGCACAGGCCUGUUGUGCAUCAUCUUUAUGUAAUGUUUAAUCCAUGUGCUGCCAUGCUUCCCUCAAAGCCUGCUACAUUAUAAAUAAAUAUCUCAUCUGCUGGGCCAUAGUGUCCAGUGAGGAUAUGUGGGUUUUGUUUAAUUAAUCCUGAACAGCAUUAUUGCUCCUUUGGCUGAAGGCAUCAGUGGAACUCCAAGGGAAUAUUCCAACAGUGCCUGGUGUAAACACGAGCUGCUAAACAGACCAGCUAGCAGAGGGAGAAUGGAGGUAUGUCAAUGUGUUUCUAGAUAUUUAAUACAGACAGUUCUCCUUCCUCCUCUCUCAGUUACUGCAGUAUCUCAUGUUGCAGCAGCAGUAAGUCUAUCAGAGCACAAAUAAGCCUGUCCUCUCCCUUGCCUUGAGAGGUUUGCUCCUUAAGUUCAGCUAAGUUCAACUGGAAAUAAGAGACAUCUGCCUUUCCCAUUCUGCUCCUGAAGAGAUCAGAGGACAGAGCUGUAGCACAGACCUGUGUGACAGAUUGCUUCUGCUGUAGCUGUGCUGAGGGAAGGCUGCUCUGUGAUGGGCUUUG